UGCUCUCUUCUCCCCUUGUGGUUUCGUGGCCAUGCGAAUAUAACAACUCCAUCACUUCUGACUUCUUCUCGUCCCUCUCUAUUCCUCUCUUCGAUUCCGGAGAUCGAUCCCGUCGCUGUCGUGGCCUGUUCCAUUGGAGGAGAAUCGCCCGGACAGAGGGAGAGGCUGGAAGGGAAGUUACAAGACGUAGAUUCUACUGUAUUUCUUCUGGUGUAUGAUUGAACUAUGCAUGUAGUGCCGUACGGAAUCCGUAUAUGUCAACCAUCAAAGCAUCAAGUCCCUCCGAUUCCCUCUUAUCUUCGAAAAGCAAAAUCAGUACACCUUUCGGUUUUGAUACAGUUCUGUGCUGUGCCGUGCUGGAGUAGACAUGAGCAAACUGACCUUUCGAGAAUAGGCACUACUUUCAGACAGAAGGGAAAAAGGUUGCAGUAGCAGCUUCCUUCGGUCGACAUAAAAAGAGGUUUUCGCUGUAUACUUGUAUUAUAAGCAGGAUCACAUAUAAGAAAAGCUGCUAAAUAAAAGGUACAAUACAAUUACAGAGAAGAUCACCUGCCUGAAGGAUCAGAAUUAUAUCCACCUUCAUUUUGGUCCUACUGCGACCACACGGUCCCUGGUGAUUACCUGACAUGGAUGAACACAUGGGAAGACGAACAGUCGGUGGCCUUCUCGUCACCAAGGGGGGCUCAAUUCUUCUCUUCAGAGAAGACGGUUCGCGCCAAAAGGCUAACACUUGCUGCUCGCGCCACGGUUGUAGCAGUCGGCACUCGGUUGACAAAAGCACAGGCAAGGAAAUGCACAGAGCAGCAGUGCCCAAUGAAUCGACACCAGCUACCCCUCGGAGAUCACAAAUUUUCAGAAAGCCCAACAGAAAGCCUCCACUGGAAAACAGUGGUUCAGACAGCAUCAGCAGGGAUGCUGGAAGCCCCUGUAGUGAAACCGGCAACAGGUCAAGAGACACUCCCGGGCGUGAUCUACUGGAUCGGCUUAAGGAGAGGGUCAAUGCAUCACGAAAGCGAUCAUUGAAAAGAGAGAACAGCCCAUCAUCACCAAAUGGAUUCAGUGCUAGUUCCUCCACUAGUAGCCGGUCGAUCUCAAGGCCAUCGCAUGCUUCGCGGAUAAGAAAAGCAGAUGAAGGUGCAAGUGCUGGUGUUGACAGUGUGCACAGAAAUGUCACUGGAGACGCUAGGAGGAAUUCAGAGAGGAAUGACGAUGAUCUGUUGCUAGUUGAGCAUAUAACAAGAGACCAUGUGUAUACUGAAGGGUUUGUUUCUGGAUUCAUGGCAAGAUACAGAAGUGGCCUUCAAGGAGGGCUUUCGUCUCUGGAGGACAGCAUUGAGGAUUCAAAUGGAUAUUGGCGCUUUGAUAUGGUAGGAACUGAACAGCUUGAAAACUACUUCAUAUUCAAUGAUCGGCAUAUAGGAAUGAGGAUGGACAUCGACGGCAUGUCUUACGAAGAAUUGCUUGCCUUGGGGGAUCGAAUUGGUACUGUGAACACUGGUCUUUCAGAUGAUGCAUUGUCCAAGUGCCUAAACAGGAGCCUCUACAUGCCCACAACUUUAGGUUCUCAUGAAGACUGUGACAAAAAGUGCAGCAUAUGCCAGGAGGAGUACUCAGCCGGUGACGAGGUGGGCAAGAUGGAGUGUAAGCACUACUACCACAUUUCCUGCAUACAGCACUGGCUCCGGCAGAAGAACUGGUGCCCUAUCUGCAAAUCCGUUGCUUUGAAUACCAAGUAGCAACGUGUUUUACUAUUUCUUCAGCAAAGUGUAUAGAUUCUUCAUGUCUAGACACAGAUGGUAUUCUCUCUUCUUUUUGACCUUUUCCAGAACAAAACGAAUCAUUUGUUUGGACCUUCAGACUUCCUUGGUUCUUGGUUUCCUUCAGUUUCUUAACUUGCAGUGAGGACAAGGAAACAGGAAAUAACUCUGGUGGAAUUUCACUUUGUCAUUAUUCUACUGUUGAAGUCAGUGUUCAGUUCA